AUGUAGGUUUAAUAAGACAUUGUUUUGAAAUUUCUCCUUGUAGGGGAACCUUCUGUAGGGAAAUCAGCUUUUCUAAUCAAAUAUGCUAAGGAUUAGUUUAUUGAAUAAUAUAUUCCUACCAUAGGAGUAGAUUUAAUGGAAAAAAAUCUGGAUUUAAAUGAUAAAUCAAUAAAGAUGUAGGUAGAUAUUUAAUUUUAAAUUAGAUUUGGGACACUGCAGGAUAAGAAAGAUUUAUGGUCAUAGUAUAAAGUUAUUUUAAAGGAGCUAACGGGAUUUUUAUAAUUUAUGAUAUUACCAAUAGAGAAUCAUUUAAUGCUCUAUUGAAAUGGAUAGAAUGUAUGAAAAUUUCUAACAUUAUAGAUUCUGAAAAGUAUGCAAAUCCAGGUGUGCUUAAAAUGUUAGUAGGGAAUAAAUCUGAUUUAAAUGGAUAAAGACAAGUAACUUUUGAAGAAGGAUAAAACCUAGCCAAUUCAAACGGUAUGCUUUUUAUAGGUAUACUUUUUAUAAUUAAAUAGAAACAUCUGCAAAGGAAGGAUUUAAUCUAGAAUAAGCUAUUAAUAAUUUAUUACAUGAAGUCUUAUCAUAAUAGGAAAUAAAGAAAAAGGAGGAGAAAAUUGAAAACCAAUGACAGAAUUUAAACGAAC